ACAUUAGACUCACUGCAAUCAUAAAGAUUACCCUUCUGGUCUCGCGAUUCGACUCCACCCCAAGUCAAGAUACAAGGCUAGGCUUGCAGAUCGACCCGGUCAAGCCUCGAAUCCCGCAGGUUGGACAAGGUCCACAAGCUACCGCAAUCAUCGACAUUAUAUCGUCAAUCCUGACUGCAUGAACAGCAUCGGUCGAUUCAACUCGAAUCCGUCCUGAGUCCUGCUCCAUACCCCAUUAUGGAAGGCUCCAAGGGCAAAAGACCCGCUCCAAUCGAAGGAUCUGAGUACUUGUCCAAGCUCUUGAAAUUCCUCUCGACGAACAAAACGAGGUUGGCAACUCCGCCUCAUGCAUCGACUGUAGGCACUCCUGUCGGUAACGUCUGGCAGCAGACGUACACCAUUGCAACACUCGGACUCGAUCCCCAGUCUUCGCCCUUGAAUCCGACGUUGGCUCAAGUGUUCAGCUUGGGUCUGGCUUCUCCAUCAACGACGCCUAGGACGGCGACGGGGAAGAAUACGGUCCGAGCGGAUGUCAAGCCUCUUACACUGAGACUACCUCCUGAUAGGCUCCUCUACCUCUUGCUGCUCUUUCAAGACUCCCCUACCUCGUCCAUCAGUUCGUCACCGAACUUGGGCAAGACGGAUAUCCCCGUCCCCCCUGGAAUUCAGCUCGUCGCGGGAGCUGGCAGGCACAUCAAAGGGAGAGAGGGAAGUCAGGAAGGGGACGUCAAGUCGAUCCAGAGUUGGGUGGGCAGUUUGAAGAGCGUAGGAGGAGUCUUUGGAGCGGGAGGUAGUGGAAAAAAGAAGGCUAGCGAUUCAGGGUCAACAUGGACGACCUGGUUUGGAGGUGCGAAGCGGGAGACUAUGGAUAAUGAUGCCAAGUUGCGACUGAUUUACGCCGCCUUUACGAUAUUGCCGUCAUUGGCCAUCUAUCCACCAACUGUAUCAGACCCGCUGAUCAAGGAACUUCGGGAUGAAGAUGCCUAUACCUCGUUAGGCGGUAUCGACGUCAGGGUACCACUCAACGUCUUCCGCAGUCUCUUAUCGCUGGAGCUAGACGGUUAUGAUCCAAGAGGAGUCUUGGUGCCCUACUUGCCCGGACUUCGAAGCCUGACGGUCAGGGACGUGCCGGACGGGGAGGAUUGGCUGGAAGAGCUCCUGACCGUUUCCCCGAAGGAGGAACAAACUGGCCUCAAGACGCAGGCGGAACAGACGGUCGAAACCGGUGGUGACGACGAGUACAAGGGCAAGCCGAGAUUUCCCUCGUUGAGACACCUCUCCUUACCCUCGACCUCGCUGUUUGGUUUCCCCGAGAUCCCAUAUACAACUUUGACACACCUCGACCUGUCAUCGAACCUGCUCAAUACCAUCCCCUCAUCACUUUCCGCUCUGAUCGCACUAGAGAGUGUCAACCUGAGCAGCAACAUGAUCGAAUCCGUUCGAGGCGUCGAAAACAUUCUCCCUUCCCUCAAAGCCAUCAACUUGAGACACAACCGGAUAGACUGCUUGUCUGGUCUCGAUCGGCUCUCUCGACUUGAACGGGUGGAUGUUAGGCGCAACGAGCUGUACGAGAGCGACGAAGUGGGAAGACUCGCACUCUGCCCCAACCUGAAAGAGGUCUGGGUCGGAGCGGGUAACCCGUAUCUGGACAGGGAGGAAGAGUGGCGAAUCAACGUCUUUCGAGCGUUCGCCGAAGAAGGGCGAGAAACGGCCUUGUUGGAUGGGUACGAGAUGACUUGGGCGGAAAAGCGGACGGUCCAGGCGGAGCUGCAGAAGAUGGGCAAAAAGGCGGGCCCGAGUUCACCCAACCAGUCUGGGUCUCGCUCCUCGAGGCAUGCCGAGACAUCACAACACCGGAACUCGGUCAAGACCCCUGCGGCCACCCUGCGGAAAGAUCCCUUUGAUGGUGGAGCUGCGACCAAGACGAUGCGGGUACACCAUUCGCAUGCAAGUAACCCGGCGGAGGUGGAUUCCGGUCGGUCUACACCGCUGAACAAGCGGAAACGCCAGCGGAUCGUCGACCUAGAUGGGACUGUUCGCAUGGCUUCGGAAUCGGAUGAUGGAGGUACGGCGAGGGGUCUGCAAGGGUUGAAGCUGGGAAGCAAUUCGAGCGGGGGUGAGGGGGGUAUUACCGGACCGGUCGUUGGUCUGGGUCAGCUUACGAGCGAGCCCGAUCAGGCGAGUCUAUUGGAAGCCAUGGGUGCGGAAGAGCCUGGCAAUAAGCAAGUUGGGCCGUCUACGACAACUUCUUCCCAUAUUCGAUCGAGAACGACCGAUCACGACCAGGGCGAUGACCCUCCCGUAAGAGCGGCAGGCCGAACGGAGAAAAAGUCGAGACGGGCUCGAGCAUCCGCUUCGGUCUGGGAACCGAGCGCGGGACAGGAAGGGUCAUCCGAUUUAUCUCCCGAAGAGCUUCGAGCUAGGAUGGAAGCUCUCAAAAUGGAGGUGGGAGAUUCCUGGUUGAAGGUUUUGGCAGGUCAACAGCAGCAGCAGCAGCAGCAGCAGCAAACCAUCGCCAAUGCUACUAGAAAGCCGCCCCGCGUCGUCGAAGAAGAGCCGGACGAUCCAGGCAGUCAAGCAUCCCGCACGGGUCAGGAGGACCCGGACCAGGCCGUCGUACAGGUCGUCAAGCGGUCCAAGGCGAAAAAGAAGGCGGUCGGCGAGAUCAAGUAGUAAGAGUGGGAGGCGCGUCGAGAAUGAACGAUUUCAUAUACAUCUCCGGAUGGGUUGUAAACGCCACAGAGGUAUGCGCAUAACAUAUCAUAUCAUUUACGCUAA